CCCAGACAUGGGUGGAAAAGGGUCCCAGCUCCGUUUAACCGAGCAACAUCUGCGUCUCCAGGCCGACGCUCCAUAAACUGACAACAAACAGAGGGCAACUUUUUCUUCUUAUUAUAUUAUUGUUACGAUAAACUACUUAUAGCCCCAGGACAGACCAGGGAGCUGGAAAAGUUAGUCCGUGAGUGUGCGUGGUUUUUUGUUUUUUUCGGGGGUUUUUUUGCGGCAACAUUUAAAACAAAAAAAGAGCUGAUGAAAUUAUCAGAGAAGUAAGACUUCGGGGAGCCGCUCAGCAGGAGGUCUCGACGCUUUUCCGACCACGCCACCGCUGGCGGGCUGAUGGAUUUCAUCUUCCUGUGUCACUUUGACAUCUUCAAAGGUAUGACGGACAAACGAGCCGAAACUCUCCCUCCCUCUGGUCAUCAGGAGGGAGUUAAUGAAGAAAUCUGAAGGUAAUUAAGAGCAGCUCCGGGGUUUUACUGAACAACUGAGGGACAAAAAGGCCUGACAAAGCUUGUGGCGCUUAAAGGGAGUCUGGGCACUCUGGCACACUCUGCAUUGUGAGUCUGGCACGUAUGCCUUUGUAUUUGAACCUGACUCUGUUCGGCUGGUGGGCCUUAAAUGCUGCUAAACUUUGCUGAAUUUGAGGUUUUGCCAGUGAAAAGUUACAGCAAAGUGGAAAGGAAAACUUCCUGACCCAGUGAGGGAAACCUCUGUGGGAUUCCUUUAUGUCUUGCAAAGUUUACAGCAGGUAACAAGCAGAGUGUCUUCAGUAAUCUCCUGUUUCUUGAUGUUGUUUUGUACUUAAGUGUUCAUCUGCGGUGUGAGUCCAGCGUUUUAUUGCAAAGACUCGAAAGGCCUCAGUAAUUUGAUGUUCGACGAAUGCUUUUCUCUUCUAGGUGUCAAACGGGUUGUGAACCUUAGUCGAUGGAUUUGUCACCUUUAAUUCAAGAGGUUUUCACCUGUACUUUCUCCGUAGGCUAGAAACGUGGAAGCAUGGGCGACUGGAGCUUUCUGGGGCGGCUGCUGGAGAAUGCUCAGGAGCACUCAACAGUCAUCGGCAAAGUCUGGCUGACCGUCCUCUUCAUCUUCAGGAUCCUGGUGCUCGGCGCCGCGGCCGAAGAGGUCUGGGGCGACGAGCAGUCCGACUUCACCUGCAACACCCAGCAGCCCGGCUGCGAGAACGUCUGCUACGACGAGGCCUUCCCCAUCUCGCACAUCCGCUUCUGGGUGCUGCAGAUCAUCUUCGUGUCCACGCCGACCCUCAUCUACCUGGGCCACGUGCUGCACAUCGUCCGCAUGGAGGAGAAGCGGAAGGAGAAGGAGGAGGAGAUGCGCAAAGCGAACAGGUUCCAAGAGGAGAAGGAACUCCUUUACAGAAACGGCGGCGACUCUGGAGGCGGCGGGAAGAAGGAGAAGCCGCCCAUCAGAGACGAGCACGGCAAAAUCCGCAUCAGAGGUGCGCUGCUGCGCACCUACGUGUUCAAUAUUAUUUUCAAGACCCUGUUUGAAGUGGGUUUCAUUUUGGGCCAGUAUUUCCUGUAUGGCUUCCAGCUGAGGCCCCUGUACAAAUGCGCACGUUGGCCGUGCCCCAACACUGUUGACUGCUUCAUAUCAAGGCCCACUGAAAAGACCAUUUUUAUUAUAUUUAUGCUUGUGGUGGCUUGCGUGUCUCUUUUGCUGAAUUUGUUAGAGAUCUAUCACCUCGGAUGGAAGAAACUCAAGCAGGGCAUGACGAAUGAGUUCGUCCCUGAUAGCGAGCCGCUGCAGCGCACCAACGCUGAAGAGCCUCAGUGUUUGGCCUCAGUCUCCAGAACUGUCCCAUCCAGCCUCAGCUACCCUCCCAACUACAUAGAUGUGACGGCAGGCAGCGGGGCGUUCCUGCCACCUGUAAAGCCGGCGGCAAUGGCUUCAGCAGCGGAGUUCAAGAUGGGUGACCUUCAGCAGGAAGAGUCCCUUCGCCAGUCUUCUUCCCCUUCUCAGUACUACAUCAGCAACAACCACAGGCUGGCCACGCAGCAGAACUGGGCCAACUUGGCCACCGAGCAGCAGACUCGGGAGAUGGGUUCCCCGUCACCAUCCUCGUCUUCUUCUGCCAACAAUGAGAACGAACAGCAGCAGACGCCGGCUGGUGCUGCGCUGCUUCUUCCCAGCAACAACACCAACAGCAAUGCCAACACCACCAACAACGCCGCCUCAGGCAGCACCGGCGGCAGCAGCCCAGCCACCGACAGAGGCGGCGGAGGAGGUGACAACACGCAGGAGGAGGUCCACCACACCAUCACGACGGUGGAGAUGCACGAGCCUCCGCACAUGGCCAGUACAGACCCUCGGCGGCUCAGCCGGGCGAGCAAGAGCAGCAACAUCAGGGCCAGGCCAAGCGACCUGGCUGUCUAGAAGCGCUUUGGCCCUUUAGGGUCCCCCGACACCUCCAACAGCACCUCCGGCUUCCUUCUACCACGCCCUCAAACACUGAUUGUUAAACACGCAAGGAAAGCAAUACAUUCUUGCUUUAGGUAGGAACCAGAUCUAAGAAAAAUACAAAAAGACAAAGUAACAAGAGGCAGGAAAGCAAAUCAGCAUAAAAUGUAGCUGCUAGUAUGGAAUCACUUCCCCAGACAGAAGGGUCCGACUUCACCCGUCGCUCCCUAGCCCCACCAAUCUAAGUCCUUUUCUGGCUUUCAAAUAUUUGAUCCCAUGGCCUAACACAAACUAAAUUUACUAGUCAUUAGCUAUAACAGCCAGGUUUUCAUUUAUAAGUGCGGCAGCUGCCACCACGUGAGAACCGGGAAGGGUUUCGGACUCUGGGGAUUCAGGGUGGUGUUGAGAGUCUUGGGUCAAAUACUAUCGUCUCCAGCUGUAGCCUUUUAGUGCAAUCGGUGAAUUGUAGAGCUGCUUAUGUAAGGUUUGUUAAGACUGUGCACAAAAAGUAUGAUCACACCUUUUAACAAAAAGCAGAAGGUAAAAUUCUAUGUUGUUAAAGGCAAAUUUUAGCAACGUGGUUUGGUGGAAGACUUAGUGGUGCUUCACUCUUAUUUGUUGGUGCAAACUGACAUAUUUUCCUAAUGUCUGUGUGAAGAUGAUGAGAUUCUUACGUUAAAUAACGCUAUGUCCAUGUCAUCUAAAGCUGGUUAUUAGCUUGGCUAUCUGUUCAGGUAGCAAGCCUAUCCGGUCAGCCGCUUCAGACAUGCCACUUGUUGUCGUUUUAGAACAGAACUGCCUUCAUAAGAGGGAUUGUUGGUGCUGAUUUCAGCUUCCAAUACCAUGAUACUUUUCUGUAAGUGAGGGAAACGUGUAGUGGCUUUGUCUUGGCCAGCUGCCCAGCAGUGCGCAGCAACAAGUGGGAGAGAAAGCACCGGUCACUUUGGCACUUUCUCUGAGAUUUCAUUAAGAUGAUUUAAAUAGUAGGAGUGGUAUAAGAGAACAUCUUAGUGCUUUAGAAAACUUAAAAACCCCGGUUUUCCUUGAUACGGCCUAAUAGUGAAUGAAAAUGUGCAUUUCAGCUGCAGGAAGCAAAAUGUCAGUGCUCUAUGUUAUGUUAUUGCAAUUCAUGUUAGCUUACUUAUUGUUCAGUAUGAGGGUUUACUAAAGACUCUGAAUCAAUGUCACAUUAAAAAGUUGUAGAUGUUUUUUUUUAACAAGAUGUGACAACAUAAUUGUUUUCAAGACAGAUUAUUGCGGAAAGUGUAGUCCUACAACUCACCGAUGCACUGGCGUACUAACUUAGUUUUACCCUAAAUCCACUAUAUAUCUCUUUUGCCAAUGUUUUAAAAAUUUAACAAUCAGGAUGAAGGAAAAAUAAAUUUAAAAAAACAAUGCAGGUCAAAAUUAACCAAGUGAUUCCCAUAAUUGACCUUGUCCUCUCAGAGAAAAUGGUUACCUGACUCUGCUUUCAGUCAACGUAAGUAAAAAUAUAUUGCACAAAGUUAAUGCAUGCCAAAAACUUUUAAAAUAUAAUCCAAAAAUACACCAGACAACAUAAUAUUCAAAAUAUAGCAUCCCAGAGGGUUUUGGUUAAGGAUUUGUAACAAGUAUUUUGUAGUUAUUUGGGUGGGUAAUUUCUUUCCCCCACAUACCCACAACUACCUUUUUAAUCACACCUGAACAACAAUAGCAACCUUGGAAGCUCCGUUAUUUUUUUUAUUGUUACACACUUCAUGUGCUUCUUCAUUAGUUUUAUUCUGAAAAGUGCUAUUUUUUUAAGAAACUGAAUUGACUUUUACUCACAUACCCCAUCCCUGUAGUAGUCAGUUUUUGACUGAGCAGCAACUCAGAUUAAAAAGAAAAAACAAAAACAGCUGUUGUGCGUUUUUGAAACGCUGUUGUGCAGUAGCCCCCACUAAUGCUUUUUAUUCCUAUUGUGCUCGUCGCGAUACUUGGACACCUUCAGAGAACCUGAGAUGUUAACUCAUCAACCGCCACGCACUUCUGUGUAUGUGGUGUGUCACUGUCCUGUUUGGUUGCUCACGCCGCAAGCAUUUUCAAAAUGCCGUUUCACUUUACAUUAACCUUAAUCUACGGUAUAUUGUCACGAGCCCCUCACUUGCGCACCUGAGUGAAAAACCUGAUCUGUACUUGACAUGUUACUGAGCAUAACAGCACAAUGAAGAAUUAGAGGGAGAGUUAAAGAUUUAAAAGUGAAGUUCUGCUAAAGGUUUUUUUUUAGCAGUUAAUAUCUUACUUGCAAUAGAUAAGUAUCAAGAGAUUCUUAUUAGUAUAAAUCCACAUUAGCUAGCCCUGGAGACAAAAGCUAGUAGCUUCAGCAUCUGAGACUGAAGCUAGCUAGACUGAAGCUAGCAGCUAGUGAAGUUCUGCUAACGGUAUAUAAGCAGUUAACUUACUUGCAAUAGAUAAGUCUCAAGGCAUCUUCAUCAGUAUAAAUUCACAUUGCCAAGCUCUGGAGACAGAAGCUACUAGCUAGCUUCUUCCUCAGUGGCAGAAGCUAGUAGCUAGCUUCAGCGUCUGAGACUGAAGCUAGCAGCUAGCUAAUUCAAAAAGAACAAAUCCCCAGUAUUCUGCCAUUGUAAAAAUCCUCAUAUCUCGAAAUGGUAUUCUUUGAGAUUUCAUAAACAUCUCAAAGUUUAGGAUUUUAAAGUGAAGUUCUCCUAAAGGUAUAUAAGCAGUUUAUAACUUACUUUCAGUAGAUAAGUCUCAAGGCAUCUUCAUUAGUAUAAAUCCACAGUAACUAGUCCUGGAGACAGAAGCUAGGCGUCAGCCUCAGUGUCAGAAGCUAGGCUUCUUCUUCUUCUUUUCCUUUUUUAUGGCGGUUGGCAAGCAACUUUUAGAUGUGCAUUACCGCCAUCCAGAAGCUAGGCUGAACUAACACCUAGCUAAUGCAAAGAGACCAAUCCCAAUCUUCUACCAUCUUAAAAAUGCUCAAAUCUCGAAAUGGCAUAACAGUUUAUGUAAAUGCUAUUUUAGCAACCUUAAAACGGUUCCUAUUAGCAAUCAAUGGCUAUUUAAACUGCUGAUUUUUUUUUACACCUGAAAUGGAGGUCGGAGUUGACACACCACCAGUGGCGUUCCUAUGUGAGAUGUGUACAGCGAACUAAGCACAGUUUCAUAGUUAAAUGUAAAUAAUAUAAAAGUAAAGCACUAUAAAAAGGAAAAACACUGGCUUAAACUGCAACAAACACCUGAGGUAUUCCAGGAUUAAUACAUAUUUUGAACAUGAAGAUAACUGGUGGCGCACUGCCUUCGACUUCCAUUUCAUAUGUUGAUAUUGCAAGACGUGAAAAUGAUUUAACUCUUCAUAAAACAGUGUUUACAUAAACCACUGACAUUUUUGAUGUCAGAGUUAUUUUAAUACAAUGGACAUAUAAUUUGGUCUUGUCCCAUAUUAGACUAGACAUGAUGUUCAACCUUCAGGACCAACUCAUGAGGACUUACUAAAUGAAGAGACUAAGUGGGUUAUCUGCUGCUGUAGUUAGUCAUGUAACAGAACUUCACUUCAAAAAUAUGAAACUCCUUCCUUUAAUACUAUUUUAUGUAGGCAGUAUUUCACCUGUCGUCUGCACAGCCAGCAGCUGCAGUGAGGGACAGGAGUAGGAACAGGGUGAAGGAGGACAUUUUUCAGCAAAGUAGAGACACUACAAAAUCAUGUUACUGUAUAGUCCAAGCAUAGUGUACCUUAUUUAUAGGUAUAAGGAUAGGUAUAAAACUAUGCAAGGAUAAAACACAAAGCUAAAACAACCUUUGUAACUUCAAUUUUUUUUAAAAAAGCACCAGAAAGACUUGCUUUUUUGCUAUUAUUAUUAUUUAUGAUUUUCAACGUUUACAUUUUAGAAGUCGGUACUUGCACAUUUAGGAAGUAAAGGUGCUCCUCUACAGUAACAGAGCUAACAGUAUUAAGAGGCGGAGAGAUGUAAUGUGACGCAAGACUGCUAAUGACAGGGCGAAAAGUCUUAAAAACCACAACUGUUCACAGACAUAGGAAUAUUACCAAAAGGCUCAUUCGUCUCACGCACUGAUAGCAAAGUGUCCGGACAUUGAAAAAGGAGAGAGAAAAACAAAAACAGCUGGAAUAUUUUUGUGUUUGUUUAGUUAAUGUGUUCCCACAAACCUGCUGGGACUCCGGUCAGACGUCACAUAUCAAGACAGCCCUGCCCGUUCAGAGAGAACGGGCGGCUGGCCCUUCCCCAACCCCGCAACCCUGACAGGAUGUUGGGUUCAAAGAGCGUUGUCCCCGUGACUACUUGAAGCUCUCUUUCCACUAACAGUAUGUUUUCAUUUAUUUUUUUCAUGCGGAGCAUGAUGUCUCUGGCCCAUCAGGGAGAAGGAACCAUCUCACGACGCUCACAGCUGCAAUCUGUUUUCAAACGUCGUCUUAAAACAAGAGAAGUGCCUUGUGUAUGAAUGAUGCUAUUUGUAAAGACAAGUUGAUGUAAAUGUUAAUUUACCUCAAGUGUUUACAAAAAACUGUUACUAAAUAAAAAAUUUUGUACUAUA